AUGUAUCAUGUUAAGGUCACUUCAAAAGAGGUGAUCCUGAGCAUAGUGCCUAUAUAUGGUCUCCGUGGCCCCAUGAAUUUCAAGGCCGUGAAGGAAGAGAUGAAGCCCAUGUUUUCAGAAGUAGAAAUGUCUCGUGACGUGGUUAUACUUGCCAUACACCAACAGAUUUUAGCCAGACUACUCCAAGAUCUGCUACACGAGAAAGCAUGCAAGGAAUCAAGCACACGUCCUCACGUUCCCUGUUUCCUUCACAUGCCGCACAUUCUUGCCUGCACCAGGUGA